AUUUGCUAAUCUCAGGCGGCGGAGUGUGUGCAACACGGUCGUGGCCCGAGAGGUCCCUUGGAACCGCCGCCAGGAAACCUAACUCUCUGCGCUCUCUAGGUGUGCGCUCGUGUCCGUUUUGCGCGCACCUUUCCCUGGCCGCGCUGCGCUCUGGAGCAGCCGGAUUCGUUCGGGAGAGAGAGCAGCGACGUGCUCCCCCACCCCCCAUUCCUAAAUCCGCCGAUUGAGAUCCCCCUGGUGGAUUUAGUAGGGAGGAGAUCGGCUCCGGUGCGAGCAGGAGCCAUGUGGCACGGCCGGGGUUCCUCGCGAAGGCUUUGAGACAAAAGGCUCCUCGUGGCGCGCGUCUGGAUGCGUGUGCUGGUGGCCCCUGGGCCGGAGGGCAGCGCCGGGAGGCCGAGGGAUGGCAGCGCGGGGAGGAAGGGCGUGACGCCGAGCCGGAGCUCCGCCGCCCCGCCGGGAACGGCCAUCGGCCCCGUGGCGGCACGUGGUAGCCCGCUGAAGCGGCCUCUCGCCCGGCCGGGCGCCCUCGAGUUGCCGCAGCGAUGGAGAACUUCUUCCCCGAGGGAGCACGGGUUUGGUUGCGAGAAAAUGGCCAGCAUUAUCCAAGUACUGUAAUUUCCUGUGCGGAGGGAAUUGUUGUGUUCAGGACGGAUUAUGGCCAGGUAUACACGUAUAAACAGAGGUCAAUCACACGCCAAAAAGUCACAGCUAUGCAGCCUACAAGCUCAGAAGGUCUGGAAGACAUGGCCGCACUGAUAGACCUCCAUGAAGGGGCCAUCAUGCACAAUCUAUUCCAGCGAUAUCAACAAAACAAAAUUUAUACUUAUAUUGGUUCCAUCGUUGCCUCCGUUAACCCCUAUAAGACCAUUCCGGGCCUCUACGACCACGCCACGGUGGAGCAUUAUAGCCGGCACCACUUGGGAGAGAUUUCACCUCAUAUAUUUGCUGUUGCCAACGAGUGCUACCGCUGCCUAUGGAAGCGUCAUGACAACCAGUGUGUUCUCAUCAGCGGUGAAAGUGGUGCUGGCAAAACAGAGAGCACAAAGCUGAUACUCAAGUUUUUGUCCGCUGUGAGCCAACAUUCGCUGGAACUCUCUCGCAAAGAGAAAACGUCUAGUGUGGAACAAGCAAUUUUGGAGAGCAGCCCAAUUAUGGAAGCUUUCGGCAACGCAAAGACUGUUUACAACAACAACUCAAGUCGCUUUGGGAAAUUCAUUCAGUUGAAUUUCUGUCAGAAAGGCAACAUUCAGGGAGGAAAAAUUGUAGAUUAUUUAUUAGAGAAGAAUCGAGUAGUAAGGCAAAAUCCAGGAGAGAGAAAUUAUCACAUAUUCUAUGCCCUGCUGGCGGGGAUUGAUGGAGAAAAGAAAGAUGCAUUUUACCUAUCUGUACCAGAGAACUAUCACUACCUGAACCAGUCUGGAUGUGUAGCGGACAAGACAAUCAAUGACAAGGAAUCCUUCAAAGAAGUAAUUACUGCAAUGGAAGUGAUGCAGUUUACCACAGAAGAGGUGCGAGAUGUUCUCAGGCUGCUUGCUGGUGUUUUGCACCUAGGCAACAUUGAAUUUAUUACCGCGGGUGGAGCACAGGUGUCCUUCAAAACAGCUCUGGGUAGAUCGGCAGAGUUACUUGGGCUGGACUCAACGCAGCUGACAGAAGCAUUGACACAGCGAUCAAUGAUACUCAGGGGAGAAGAAAUUCUGACACCUCUCAGUGUACAACAGGCAAUAGAGAACAGAGAUUCAGCAGCUAUGGCACUUUAUUCCCAGUGCUUUGCCUGGGUUAUUAAAAAAAUCAACGGCAGAAUAAAAGGCAAAGACGACUUCAAGUCCAUUGGAAUUUUGGACAUCUUUGGCUUUGAAAAUUUUGAGGUUAAUCGUUUUGAGCAGUUCAAUAUUAACUAUGCAAACGAAAAGCUUCAGGAAUAUUUCAACAAGCACAUUUUUUCAUUAGAGCAGUUGGAAUACAGCAGAGAAGGACUGCCAUGGGAAGACAUCAAUUGGACAGAUAAUGGGGAGUGCUUGGAUCUUAUUGAAAAGAAACUUGGUUUGUUAGCACUUAUCAAUGAAGAAAGCCAUUUUCCCCAAGCUACAGACAGCACCUUGUUGGCAAAGUUACACAUCCAACAUGCAAGCAAUCCUUUUUAUGUGAAACCGAGGGUUGCUGUUCACAACUUUGGAGUGAAACAUUAUGCCGGAGAGGUUCAGUAUGAUGUCAGAGGAAUCCUGGAGAAAAACAGGGACACUUUCAGGGACGAUCUCCUGAACCUCUUGCGGGAAAGCAGCCUCGAUUUCAUCUACGACCUCUUUGAACAUGUUUCCAGCCGCAGCAGCCAAGAUACUUUAAAAUCUGGAACCAAACAUCGGAAGCCCACCGUCAGCCUGCAAUUUAAGGAUUCGCUGCAUUCCUUAAUGGCAACGCUAAGCACUUCCAACCCUUUCUUUGUCCGCUGUAUCAAGCCGAACAUGGAGAAGAUGCCCGACCAGUUUGAUCAGAACGUGGUGUUGAACCAGCUGCGAUACUCUGGAAUGCUUGAGACUGUGCGGAUACGAAGGGCUGGUUUUCCAGUGCGGAGGCCGUUUCCGGAUUUUCAUAAAAGAUACAAAGUGCUGAUGAGAAAUUUGACUCUCCCUGAAGAUUUAAAAGGAAAGUGUGCUGCCUUCCUUCAUUUGUAUGAUAGCACAAGCACUGAAUGGCAGCUUGGGAAAUCCAAGGUGUUUCUUCGUGAAUCUUUGGAACACAAGCUGGAAAAGCAACGGGAGAUAGAGGUUGGCAAAGCAGCCAUGAUCAUCCGAGCGCAUGUCUUGGGCUAUGUGGCACGGAAGCACUACAGAAAAGUCCUUUACUGCGUAGUUAUCAUACAGAAGAACUACAGAGCUUUCUACUUAAGAAGGAAGUACUUACUGCUAAAGAAAGCAGCCAUCACUUUCCAGAAGCAGCUACGAGGCCAGAUUGCCCGUCGUGUUUACAAAGGGUUGCUAGAAGAGAAACGACAGCAAGAGGAAGAAAAAAAGAGAAAGGAAGAGGAGGAAAGAAAGCGACAAAAGCAGGAAGCAGAACGUCUUGCUCGGCAGGCUGAGGAGGAGAAGCGGCGGCAGGAGCUGGCGGCCGUUCAGAAAGCUCGGAAGGAAGAAGAACUGAAGCGGGAGCUGGAGAAGCAAAAAGAAAACAAGCAAGUCGAAGAGAUCCUUCGCCUGGAGAAAGAGAUUGAAGACCUGCAGCGUAUGAAGGAGCAACAGGAGCUGUCGCUGACAGAGGCGUCACUGCAGAGGCUGCAGCAGCUCCGGGACGAGGAACUGAAGCGGCUGGAGGACGAGGCCUGCCGUGCGGCGCAGGAGUUCUUGGAGUCCCUGAACUUCGACGAAAUUGACGAAUGUGUCCGAAACAUCGAGAGGACUCUCUCUGUGGGCAGCGGUUUCUGCUCGGAGCUCAGCGAGUUGACCGGGAGCGCGGGGGGCGAAAAGCCCAGUUUCAACUUCAGCCAGCCGUACCCUGAGGAGGAGGUUGACGAGGGCUUUGAAGCGGAUGACGACGCUUUCAAGGAUUCGCCAAACCCAAGCGAGCAUGGCCACUCGGACCAGAGGACGAGCGGCAUCAGGACCAGCGACGACUCUUCAGAAGAAGAUCCGUAUAUGAAUGACACGGUGGUGCCGGCAAGUCCUGCCACAGGCAACAACAGCACGCUUGUUCCUUCUGGCCACGACACCCUCAGUCUCCACAACUCCUCCAGCGGUGAAUCCACAUACUGCAUGCCGGAAAACGUAUCGUGCAAGCCCCAGAACUCCACAGAGUUAAUUACUCCCGAUGCGGACUAUGAUUAUGACCAAGAUGACUACGAAGACGGCGCCAUCACUUCCGGAAGCAGUGUGACCUUUUCCAAUUCUCAUAGCAGCCAGUGGUCCCCCGACUACCGCUGUUCUGUGGGGACGUACAACAGCUCUGGGGCAUACAGGUUUAGUUCAGAGGGUGCUCAGUCUUCCUUUGAAGACAGCGAAGAAGACUUUGACUCAAGGUUUGAUACCGAUGAUGAACUUUCGUAUCGGAGGGAUUCUGUCUACAGCUGUGUCAGCCUCCCUUAUUUCCAUAGCUUUUUGUACAUGAAAGGCGGGUUGAUGAACACUUGGAAGCGCCGCUGGUGUGUCUUGAAAGAUGAAACCUUCCUGUGGUUCCGCUCAAAACAGGAAGCUCUCAAGCAAGGCUGGCUGCAUAAGAAAGGUGGUGGUUCGUCCACGCUGUCCAGAAGGAACUGGAAGAAGCGUUGGUUUGUUCUCCGGCAGUCCCGGCUGAUGUACUUCGAAAACGAUAGCGAAGAAAAGCUCAAGGGAACACUUGAAAUCCGAACAGCCAAAGAUAUCGUUGAUAACACUACUAAGGAAAACGGGAUUGACAUUGUCAUGGCCGAUAGGACCUAUCAUUUGAUUGCUGAGUCACCUGAGGACGCGAGUCAAUGGUUCAGUGUCUUGAGUCAAGUCCACGCUUCCACAGAACAGGAAAUCAGGGAAAUGCACGAUGAGCAAGCAAACCCACAGAAUGCCGUGGGCACAUUGGAUGUGGGAUUGAUCGAUUCCGUCUGUGCAUCUGACAAUCCAGAUCGACCCAAUUCAUUCGUGAUCAUCACCGCUAAUCGUGUUCUCCACUGCAACGCCGACACUCCAGAGGAGAUGCAUCACUGGAUCACUCUGCUGCAGAGAUCCAAAGGCGACACCCGAGUAGAGGGACAAGAGUUCAUAGUGAGAGGAUGGUUACAUAAGGAGGUUAAGAACAGCCCAAAGAUGACUUUGUUGAAGUUGAAGAAGCGGUGGUUUGUCCUGACACACAACUCAUUGGAUUAUUACAAAAGCUCCGAGAAGAAUGCCCUCAAACUGGGCACCCUGGUCUUGAACAGCCUCUGCUCUGUGGUACCACCGGAUGAGAAAAUCUUUAAAGAAACAGGUUACUGGAAUGUGACCGUGUACGGGCGCAAGCACUGCUACCGCCUCUAUACCAAGCUUUUAAACGAAGCCACUCGCUGGUCAAGUGCUAUCCAGAAUGUGAUAGACACAAAAGCACCCAUAGACACCCCCACCCAGCAGCUUAUUCAAGACAUUAAGGAGAACUGCCUGAAUCCCGAAGUUGUUGAACAGAUCUAUAAGAGGAACCCGAUUCUUCGCUAUACACAGCACCCACUGCAUUCUCCGCUAUUGCCACUUCCAUAUGGGGACAUCAACCUGAACGUGCUAAAAGACAAAGGCUACACCACCCUCCAGGAUGAAGCGAUCAAGAUAUUUAAUUCUCUGCAGCAACUUGAGUCCGUGUCAGACCCCAUUCCUAUUAUUCAGGGUAUUCUGCAGACGGGGCAUGAUUUACGGCCUUUGCGCGAUGAGCUCUACUGCCAGCUGAUCAAGCAGACCAGCAAAAUGCCUAAUCCGGGGAGCGUUGGCAAUCUGUACAGCUGGCAGAUCCUCACUUGUAUGAGCUGCAUGUUUCUGCCAAGCCGUGGGAUUCUCAGAUACCUGAAGUUCCACCUAAAAAGGGUGCGUGACCAGUUUCCAGGCACAGAAAUGGAGAAGUAUGCCCUCUUCAUUUAUGAAUCGCUGAAAAAAACCAAAGGCAGAGAGUUUGUGCCAUCCCGGGAUGAAAUUGAAGCCUUGAUCAACAGACAAGAGAUGACAUCCACCGUCUACUGUCAUGGCGGGGGAUCCUGUAAGAUCACCAUAAACUCCCACACCACUGCUGGCGAGGUUGUUGAAAAGUUAAUUCGGGGUCUGGCCAUGGAAGACAGCAGAAAUAUGUUUGCCUUGUUUGAAUACAAUGGAACUACAGAUAAAGCCAUUGAAAGCAGGACCGUUGUGGCUGAUGUCUUGGCAAAGUUUGAAAAGCUUGGUGCUGCUUCAGAAGGAGAGAAUACAGCAUGGAAAUUUUACUUCAAGCUCUACUGCUUCCUGGACACGGAGCAUGUGCCAAAAGAUAGUGUGGAAUUUGCAUUUAUGUUUGAGCAGGCACAUGAAGCAGUGAUUAGAGGACAUUAUCCGGCUCCUGAAGAAGCCCUCCAGGUCCUUGCUGCCUUGCGGCUCCAAUACCUGCAAGGCGACUACACUUCAUCCAAUAUCACUAUGCCAGAAAUGGAAGAAGUCUACCCACUGCAGAGGCUCACGUCCCGUAUUAUCCAGUCCACUAAAACAUUUACCGCUGCGGAGAGGAUAGAGAGGAAGCGGGCCAAUUUUCUAGAAGGAACCCUGAGGAGGAGUUUCCGCAGCAGUUCCAUCAGCAGGCAGAAGAUGGAAGAGGAUCAGAUGCUUGAUAUGUGGGUCAAAGAGGAAAUCUUCGCAGCCAGGACUAAUGUGAUUGAUAAAUGGAAAAAACUGCAAGGAAUGAACCAAGAGCAAGCGAUGAUCAAGUACAUGAGUUUGAUUAAGGAGUGGCCUGGCUAUGGGUCCACACUCUUUGAUGUAGAGUGUAAAGAAGGGGGCUUCCCUCAAGAACUUUGGUUGGGUGUCAGCGCUGAUGCAGUUUCUGUCUACAAACGCGGAGAGGGAAGACCUUUAGAAAUAUUUCAGUAUGAGCACAUCCUCUCCUUUGGUGCUCCCCUUGCUAAUGUCUACAAGAUUGUUGUGGAUGAGAGAGAGCUGCUUUUUGGAACACUUGAGGUUGUUGACAUUGCCAAACUGAUGAAAGCCUACAUCAGCAUGAUUGUGAAAAAACGUUAUAGCACCUCUCGAUCAGUGAGUAGUCACGGAAGUCAAGGCAGCUCCAGGUGAAACGAGAGAGAGAGAAACUUGCUGUUCUGUCCUUUUGGAACCUAUCACCGCCAACCCGUUGAGUUUCUCAAAAAAUGGUGAUUGGAGGCACCCCUCAGGCUACAAUCAAAACCGUGAUUCUAGGAGAAUCUUUAUUCAACAUGUGGUGUUCGACGAGCUUAGAAAUAAUAACAGCCACUUCCAUAGUCCCAUAAACUCGUUGGCUAGCAUGCUUCAAGCCUUCUAAACUUUGUUACCUCUAGAUAACAUAAUGUAUGCCUUAACUUAAUGCACUGCUUUCUGAGCAGUGAGAAGUGCCUUAAAAUGUUUUAAAACCAACUUGCAUUGAUUUGUGAUUAUCAGAGGGGUUGUGUUUUGUAAUAAACCACUUUGAAUUAGCUUCUCCUUAAUUUGCAGCCAUCUUGCACUAACUAACUGGCUGGUUCUUACAUGAGGAGGGAAAGAGAGCAUCUUUGUUGGAAUGCUGCAGGCGGCUUCCCGUAGGGACUUUAAUAGCAAUGCUGUAUUCCCCCCCCCCUUUUUUUGUUUUUGUUUUUCAUAUGUGUGCAUGCAUAUGACUCGGGUCAACUCUAAUUUUAUUCCACGUUUCACAAUAUUUUAAAAGUAAAAGGGAAUAAUAAUGUGCAAUGGUGUAAACAGUCUUUCUGUACAUUUUAAUAGUCCAGAGCUAUAGUUGUCCCAAAUGUUGAGUUUCUUUAUAAGCCAGUUUUAUUAACAAAUUUGGGGGUUUUCAUAAUUUUUGUAUUUUCUUCUAGAUAAUUUUUCAUUCUUUGUUACAUCUGUAUGUAACACACCUGCAUUUCUGUACCUCUGCUGUAUUAUACAUAACGUGUAGUUUGAAAGACACUAUAUUUAUAGACUGCCCUUAAUACAGAAUUGCCAUUAUCCGCACAAUAUUCAAUCAUAUGUCUUCAGUUUAUACAGUUGAGUUUCUUAAGAUAUUAAACAUUUCUUUUAAAAUAUUAA